AUGGAAGAUGAAAAAAUUGCAUUAUGUAAAAUGCUUCUCGUACGACAAUUGUUGGAUAAUCCUGUCAUGAAAUUGCAUCGCCUACAUCAUAUAGCAACAAUUCAAGUUGUUAUUGCCGUAAUUGUUCGGCUUGUGCGACGCCGGAUUAAAGUUAGACGAAACAAAAGUCAAAUACCACAUGAGAUACGGCUCGAAGGCGACCGAGCAAGAGAUGAAUUAAUGUCACACUUGUUGUCAAGUGAUUUAUGUCAUAGUAUGAUUAGAAUGGGUUCUUCAGCUUUUUUAGGUUUAUGUGAUAUGCUAGUUAGAGAUGGUGGUCUUCGAGCAACUUUGCAUGUGUCGGUCGAGGAACAAGUUGCAAAAACUCUUUAUGUAUUAGGUCAUAAUGUUACACAUCGUGAGUUAUCUUUCUUUUUCCGGCGUUCCCGUGAGACCACUUUUAGGCAUUUUCAUAAUGUAUUGCAAGCUAUAAUAGAGUUGGAGGACAAAUUUAUAACACGACCUGAUGGGGCACAAAUUCCUUCAGAAAUAUUCAGCAGUAACAGAUUCUAUCCAUAUUUCAAGGAUUGUGUUGGUGCUAUUGAUGGAACACAUAUUCGGGUCAAAGUAUCUAGUGCUGAAGCUCCGAAAUAUCGUGGGAGGAAGGAUUAUCCAACACAAAAUGUGUUAGCGGCAUGCACGUUUGACUUAAAAUUCACAUACGUGUUACCUGGGUGGGAAGGAACAGCAUCUGAUUCAAGAAUAAUAAAGAAUGCAUUAAGUAGACCUUAUCCUCUAAGAAUUCCAGAAGGAAAAUAUUAUCUUGUUGAUGCGGGAUUUAUGUUAAGAAGUGGACUUAUUACACCAUAUAGAGGAGAGCGAUAUCACUUGAAGGAGUAUUCAAGGAAUCCACCAACAAAUCCACGUGAAUUAUUUAAUCUUCGUCAUGCGUCAUUGCGUUGUGCCAUAGAACGAUCAUUUGGUGUUCUUAAAAAGCGUUUUCCUAUAGUGGGAAGUUCAACCGAGCCGCAUUAUGGUUUAGAAACACAUAAAGAAAUUAUUUUUGCAUGUUGUAUUUUGCAUAACUACCUAAUGGGAGUAGAUCCCGAUGAGACACUAAUUGCACAAGUUGAUGAUGAACUACGAGAUGUAGCGGGAGAAGAACAUCGUGCUAGUGGGGCGAAUAAUGAAGAAACUAUUCAAGGAGAGAUCAUUAGGGAUGCAAUAGCGGUGGAGAUGUGGCAAGAUUAUAUUGAAUGA